UCUAACCUAACAGUUAACUAUUUAGGUACUACUUAUGAUUAAAAAGUGACUAUGAGUGUUAAAAAUUAUUACCAAUGUUGUUCUGUGCCUAAUUGCGGAAAUACUACGAAUACUGCGCCCACCAAACUUUAUAUACAUGUCCCAGCAAACCCAACUAUACGACAAAAAUGGUUGGAGCUUGCAAAGAUUGAUCAGAGUUAUGUGUCGCCGAAAUCGAACUUAUUCUUUUGUGAAGACCAUUUCGAUCUCCCCAAUGACAUGGAGAAUUACAUGGAAUAUCAUUUAAUGGGUUCCGUGAAGAGAAUUAUCAUGAAAACUAUGUGUCUUCCAUCCAGAUUUGAAUGUCAAGACUAUUCUAUAAGAAAAACAACUCAAACUGACGAGGAUUCACUCAAAAGAAGAAAAAGUCUGGUAGAAGAAUUACUAAGAAGUGAAUCAAAUUUGGCAAGCAAGAUGACGGAACUAGAGAAAUUCAAGCGGCGGUUGAUUCGUAUGGUAGCUCGGCUCCAUGUCCAGGAGAAGAAACCGGAAGACGAGCUGUGGGCCUACUUGCGCAAGCAGACCAAAUGCGACUGCAAUUUGCUGUGGAAGCGCAUGCGCGCAUUAACACUGAAGAAACUGAAGCGACUUCUAAUAGCGGAAGACCGCCAAGAUAAUAUAGCAGCUAUAGCAAGGAUGACGCUCACCGAUUGGUUGUUGUUUGAUUGCAUAUUGGUGCACGAGGAUAUAGACGUUAUAGGCACGGAGCUGAUGGUGGAGAAUCGUACUUCGGAGCCGCGGCCGAUGUUCGAGCUGUUCUCACUGGUGCAGCGGUUCGGGCUGGAGGGGAGCAGCGGCGAGAACCUGGCCAGGGCCUGGACCGCAGCCACCAUGGCGUACAACAGCACAGGUAGACAAUGUUCGCCGAUGCUGCUUCAGCGUCGCUGGUACCAGCUGAAGGAGAUCACGCGGAAGAAGUUCUACAAUUUCUGGUUCUCAUACCGCGGGAACGCCAGGUUACUGCCGAACGCACUGAAGGACAAACCUACCAGGCUUCAAGCGGCUGUCGCUAAACGGUACCCACACAUCAUCACUACUCAAUUCCGGCAGUGGGAGGACCUUAUAGAUGAUAAACUUGUCAUCAUGCCGCCAGAAUUUGAAAUACAAAUGAAGUUGCAUACUGGCCAGUUCCCUGCCCCAAUUAGUGAUAAUGAUAUAGAUCUAGUACUACUGGAACCUGAAAUAGAAACUAUAGAUUUAGGAGUAGAUUCAGACUCUGAGAAUGAUGUCGGGGAAGAAGAUGAAGGUGACAAAAUUAAAGAAUUAACAGAUAAUGAAGAUGUCGCAACUGUUGAUAGCGCUGAUGCUUUAAAAGGCAUAUCUUUAAAACAAGAACCGAUAGAUGUAGAUAUAGAUCCAGUGGAUAGCAUCGAUCUAGAUUCAGAUCACAUGAAAAAAAUAAAUGAAGAUAUAGACCACUUGGAAGGCAUUGAAGCCCUCGAAAAUAUAAACAUUCCUAUUGAAGAAAAUAAUGUUGAUGAUUUUAAUGUUGAAAGUUCAGAUGCGAAUUCGGUUGAAGAAAAUAUUACUCAGGAUAAUACUUUACAUAAUUCAGGUGAACUAGAAGACGAAAAUAAACGAGAUAAUUCCGAUGUUUUUGAAGACGUAACAAAACAAAGUGAAGUAAUAGAAAAAAAAUUUGAUUCUAACGAAAGGGAAAUUCCAAAUACAGACGUUGUAUCUUUAACGACAAAAGAAAAUGAAAUUCUAUCACACUCUGGUAUGCCUUAUAAAACUUUAGGUCACUGUAUAGAAUCUAUUGAAGAUGUCGAUAGGUUGAAUACCGAAAGUUCGACUUUCCAUAUUGAAAAUACCACAACAGUUGCAGAAAUAACACCAAAAACAGAACAAAUUGACAUUCCGGAAGUUAAUUUGAUCAAUGAUUCCUUAGAAAAUAAUGAAGAUGAAAUAGCCAUGCCGCAGAUAGCCAAUAUCUAUGGAAAUGUAAAUAUCUCCGAUGAAGCAUUACACGAAUUGAGUAAACGUGAAAUAGAGCAAUCGAUUCCUGGCGAAGAGAAUAUCGAUGAAGAUUUUGAAGAUGAUAUAAUAAAAACAGAAACAGUUGGCGACUCCGAUAAUGCAGAAAACGUUGAUAUAAAUCAAAUUGACGGAAUCCAAGCGGAAUGUAAGAUUGAUGAGAUAAAAUCAACCGAAAUAAAGUUCAACGAUGAUUCAUUACACGAUGUUAUCCCCGAUGUAAUAUUUGAAGACGAUGGCAUAGAGUUCAUAGAUGAUGGUAUUGUAGAAGAACAGGAUGGAGUACAAUUAAAGGAUUCUGAUAUUAAUCUCGUUAAACAGGACGCUUCAAGCGAAGAAAAAAAUAAUAUAAGAGAAUCACAGUCGAUUGACCUAAAGCUUCUUAUGGUUCCAGUUGUAUACACUAAGAAAUUAGACCAUAUGCACGUCUUUAGAGAUAAACUAUUAUCCCAUGUGAACGACAAGGACACUAUAGAAUUAGUUUUAGCUGAAAGCAAACCAGUAAAUAGAGCGUCAAUAAAAAUAAAAGAAGAGAAACCAAUUGUUGAAAAUGUACCAGAUGAUGAGGAAAACACACACGAUGAUUUAUUUGAUCGUGAAGAAAGUGCUGAUAAUGUUGACAGUGAAAGUGAAAACGAUAAGUCAGACGGUAUACCUGAAGAUAAAAAAGUUGACAUGUCAAGUCCUCUUUUCCAGAAACCUAUAAAUCGCGACUAUGGCCCUCUAGUCAUUUGCAAGAAUCCAGACUUCAACACAAGGUUGAAAAGGCUCACAGUUGGCUUUUUAAGUUACAGUCGAAAUAGGGUUCUAUUAAGAGAAUGUAAACCAUUAACUAUUGACCUUUGUAAAGAGUUUGAAAGUAAACUUGUUGAUAAUACUCUUUAUUUAAAACAAAGUAAUUCUUGCGGAAUCGUAGUCAAACAGGAAACACCGGACACUAACAGUGAGCAUCGACAGACACCACCAAUAGUUUCUCAAGAAAAAGUAGUACAAACGACAGUUGUUACAACAACAAAAUCUGUGCAAAGUAUUAUAAAAAAUUUGCAUACCGACAUUGAUGAUAUUUUGCCUUCAACAGAAAGAGUGUCGACUUUAGACAUUUCUACUCAAUCAAAAGACAAAGAUAUCGUGACUGAACGGAAUAAAGUGAUAAAUUUGCCUAAUAUUGACAAUGUACGACGUAUUAAUCAACAGUUAUUGGUAGCAGAAGUUUCGCCGAUGCGAAUAGAAAACUCCAAGACAAAUCCUGAACCUCCCGUGUCACUUGUAGCAAAGCCGUCUUUCAGUAAGACAGGUCAUGUAAGCAAACCUUCAAAAAAAGAUAUCGGUGGAACUGUAAUAUGUAGUGGGCAAGUUAUUGAUGGUGUUAACAUCGUAAGCGAAUCUGGUGAAAUAAUGAGUAAUUAUAGAAAGUCCAAACUAAAAAUUGGAUGGAGGCCCGUAGAUUUUAGAACAAAUGUAGGAUUUUGGAAUAAUUCAACUUCUGCCAAUAAGUCUCAACUUAAACAAUGCCAUUCCUCUGAUCAGCUGUUAACUGUUGACACCCUUAACAAAAUGUUAAAUAUUAUAACAUUAAAAGAUCCUUUAAAUGAAAUAAUUCUAUGUGAAAGAGCAAAAGAUAAUAAAUCGACAAAAAGCAAACAAGCGGUAACAAAUCAGAAAAAAUCAUUAGGUGUGCAUGACAGAGAACAUAUAAUUGCAAAUGGUUUAGUGAAGCGUAAAACGCGAAUACGUCGGAAACGCAGCAAAUUAAAGGAUUCUGAUCCAUCUCUAAUAAAAGUUUGCGAAUCUAUAGAAUGUGUGGUAGAACAAUCUUCUAAAGUUGUAGAAAAUGAGACUUCGGAAUUUAUAAAUGAACAUAACAAAAACGAUAUCGCCAUGAGAAAUAUCAUUGAUAGAAAUACUUCAGAGAGCAAUAUUGCACGAAAUAAUAUAAUUAAUGUGGAUGCUCCUGAAGUUAAUGAAGACCAUGAAAUUAUUGUUACUGAUGAAAAAAAUACGGAGUCAGUAAAUACUGUUGAAAAUGAAACAAUGGAAAAUAAUAUUGCAGAUGACAAUGUUCAAAAUGAAAUAGAAGUUGAAAGUGGAAUUAUUUCCACAGAAAAUGAAAACACCAAAAGUGGCAAUAAAGUUGAUGAAAUAGUAAUUGAUAGAAAAAAAGAUGAAAUAAACUUAGAUGAUUGUGUGGUUAUAGAUUCAGAUGAGCCUGAAACACCACGCACAGUACUUCCUGUAAAGGUAAGUCUUGUAUCAGCUGCUCAGCCAGGAGAGGUUAAAAGAGGAAGAGGAAGACCACCAAAGAAUAAGUUUUUACAAUUUGUACCCACCCUGAAGCCUAUAACAAAACCUAAGGCUCGAAAGUCUACGCCAACCCGCGUUCACCAAGCACAAAGUGACCGCGUAACACGAAGUCGGUUUAAUGAAAACGAGGACUCAGUUAAACCAGUCGAUACUGAUGAGGAUAAAGUUUUAUUUUUAAACAGCACACAUAUCAAUAAAAGACAAUCUAAUAAUCCUAUAUUUAUUGGUAAGAACAAAAUUUUGCUGACAGAUGCGCCUCUCCCAAGUUUAAAAAAAAAACAAGUUGAUGAUAUUCCAUCCCCCGCUGUGCUUAACACGGGCCUAUCUUUACCUCAGGGUGUUAAUCUGAUGUUAUUACCCAAUGGCGUUUUGACUUGUACUGUUGAACCGAGCAUUCAGUUGAGUCCGGAAGAAAUAACACAUUUGGGUGCUGUUAUUGAGAUGAUUCAAUCGCAAAUAAACUCUGCCCUGUCAAAUAUACCUGCGCAAAUUGUGCCACCUAUGCCAUCGGGACCCACCGUGCAACCAACUUUACAAUUGCUACCAGGAGCGGUUCCUACAGUUGUUCAAAAUAAUAGUGCAAUUGUUAACUUGGUAGACGAAGAAAGCAAAGUUGAGAUACCUACAGCUGACAACAAACGUGAUUCAACUCUAUCUACAGACACUAUUAGUACUGUUGAGACUAUAGCUUCUACUGCUGUAAAUAAUGACGCACCGGGGGAAGCUGAGGUUCCUGAUAAACCUACCUUGGUAAGUGCUGCUGUGAUAACUGACAGUGUCCAUUCAAAUUUAGAUGUAGUCGAAGCUGAUACUAUUAUAGAUAAGACGAAUGCUAAAUCUACUGGUAUGUUAGAAACAGAUAAAAAUACAUCCGUUGAUAAAAAUAUUACAAAUACUGAUAUUAGCAUGCAAGUAGAAUCACUGGAAUGCAAAACUAGUACGGAUCCGGAAUCUGAAAAUGGAACGAGUGAGCAACCUGAAGUUACCAAAAAUAAGAAAACCAUUCUAUCUGAUCUCAUGGAGAUGUCUGGAAUAUUCGACGAAGAUAUUGCGCCUGUCGCUGAAACACCACCACAAGUAGACAAUGUAGUGCCCGAAACUAAUCCUGAUAUUGUAAUAGCGCCGUUAAUUAACACUACUCCAAGCCAGACUGUACCUCGGAACGUUACUAAUGCUUUACCUGAACUAACGCCUGUAACCUCAUUCCAAGACCUUAAAUGUGCUUUUAUGAACAACGGAAAAUUUUUCAAAUUGGACUUAGUAACUAGAAUUUUAACUCCUAUAAACGUCUGUAUUAAGAAAAAGAUGACGUGUGAAGCGCCUAAGCAAUAUGUGGACCUGACACAAGACGCCGACGAUGAUACAAACACGACGAAUGAGGAUCAUUUACCAGUUUAUAUCGUUCGUAAAGUUGACAACAAAGAUAAAGAUACUUUAAUGCAAUCCGAUGAUUACCUCUCCUCUUCGGCGUUACCUAUAAAUAACAGUUCAUCACAAGAACCGUUUAAACAAUCAGAAAAAGUAAAACCGCUUAAAUUAUUUAAAGUUAUACAUCCGUUAGGUGGCAUCAGUAUAUUGAAAAAGAAACGUAUAGAUGGAGAAUCUAAUGAGAGCGAAAAUCCAGUUCUUGAAGUAAAUUCUAAAGCAACAAAACGCGGUAGAAAGCAGAAAUUUGGCGACCUUACUUAUGAAAUGCAAUACUUAAACUUCGUUGAGUCUGACGGGGUAGAGAAUUAUGAGAUCGACGGAUCGUAUGAAGAACGUGGGUCUGACGGUGACGGUGAUUCUUCGGACGACGAACCUCUGGCGAAGAAAGUAAGGCGAAAAGCCGAGAGGCAAAUAGAAAGUAUUACAGCAAAUGAAGCCACGGAAACUCCUUCAACGAGUGAAGUUAAUGAACAAAAUAGUAGUGAAUCUGAACCAGUUGUAGUUACACCAACAGAUCCACAAGUCAUAAGUGAAGCACCAUCCGACGCCGAUCAUAAUAGAAAUGUUGAGUUACCAUUGCUAGAACAAAUGGAUGUUGUCGAUGACAGCAUUACUGCCCCAUCAGAACUUGAGUUCAUAUCUGGGUCCGGUUCAGAAGCGGAUGAAGAUUGCAUACUAGGUGUUUGAAAAUAAUUAUUUUAUAAUAUGUUUUUGUUUCCAUAAGUGCGUGGAUGGAUUAAUAAAACAAGAAACAGUAUCAUAAGUAUCUUAUUUCUAGAUGUCAGUGAAAGUCUAAAUCAUAAGUUUUUUCCAUUAAAUGGGUAAAAAAAUUAAUAUUUUUAAUUGUAAAUAAUACCGAUCUGCUUUGAUGAUGAAACGCUCUAGUAGAACUUUUUUUAGGAUGGCGUAAAAUCAUUUAUGUAUAAGUCGAUUAUAUAAUAAUCAACAAAAAAUUAUAUUGCCAAUUAUGAGAAGGCUAUAUGAUAUUUUUUUUAUUCUGAGGGACAUUUUGUGUAUGUAUUUUUUGUUUGUGAUAUUAAUAAGACCAUUUUUAGUUUAUUAGGUACUUAGUUAUAUAAGUAGGUACAGCUGUGAAUUUUGUUUUUAACAUUUAAUUUUAAGAACUGAAAUUUUAUAAUUCUCAAAUAAGGUUUAAAAUUAUUUCAUAUUAGCCAUUUUAAUUUAUUGUACAUAAUUAUAGAGGCUGCAGAUGCAAGUAAUGCCUUAUUUUUAAUGUAGAAAGAAAUUUAAUUGUAAUAUAAUUUUUAAACCAGUUAGGUAAAAACAAAGUAAAUCAGUAUAAAUUUAAAUGGCUUGGACUGACUGACUGAUUUAAAUGCUUACCUUAGGCUCUAAGCUUGUAUUGUGAAUCUGAUGUUAAUAUAAAAAAAAAACAGUUCCAAAUUAGCAAACAUUUCAUCUAUAAUACCUAUAUAUUACUACAGCUAAUUGUGAGCUACAUCACAUCGCUCACCAUUCAUUCCUAUUUCAAAUUGCCUGUCAUAUCUGUAUAAUGUACCUAUGAAUAUCGAAAUUCUUCGUUCAAUAUAUUUGGUCAAAUAGUUUGCACAGGUUGCGCGUUUAGAGCAGCUUAACAUAGAUGACUGAAUGUAGAUUACAAAUGAAGUUUCCAGGAUAAUAGAGAAACAAAAGAAGUAUCCGUAGCAAGUAGAAAUGUUUUUCUGCCUACUUUUCCAAAAAAGGGGCGUGAUGAAUGAAUACAGGUAUUACCAUAAGUUUAUAAAAAAAUAUGGAAAGGAUAAACAAAAUAUUUAUAUUGUUUUUUUAGGUAGUAAAUAAAAACCUUGUGGCCACAUUGAAAACUAUUUGAACAGAUAAACUACAUAACUGUUUAGAUAUUUUUUUUAAUUUAGUCGAAACGUAAUUUUGUUUCUAUUCUGCGCUUAUUUGUAACGUUAAUUAACACAAAAAUUACAAAUAAUAUUUUAAUUAUGGGACUUGGGGCCUGUCAUCUUAAAUGGAAAUUACGUUUGUUGAGUAUCGAUUUUAAUUACCUACGUCUGUGUCACAUUUUAAAUAUUGGUAAAGUUAUUGUGUAAUGAUUGUAAAUAAUGUAAUAAAAAAAGCGAGAUAGUGAAGUA